AUGACCGACAAAAUCCACCACGCCGCCGACCAAGUGAUCGGUUCGAUCGACUCGGGCAUGCACCGGAUCCACGGCGCCGGGGACGUCGUCCGCGGGACGGCGAUGGAGGCGCUGGACAAGCUCCUGCACAGCCGCGAGGGGGAAGAGAGAGAUCGCGAAAUAGCCCAGAGAGGACGCGCCGAGAUGGAGACGGCAGGAGAGUGGGAGCGAGAGCGGGGGGGCGACGACGACGACGGGGGGUGGUCCGGGUCCACCGCCAGUGCCACGCGCACGAAACUCCACGCACACUCCGGACGGCCGAGAAGUAGGAGUGGAGGCGGAGGCGGCAUCGGUGAGGGAUCACAUCUCGCGCAGUCGAGGAUCAGGACGGCGGAGAAUGCUUCGAACCUGUCGAGCCCUCACACUCGGGAGGAGGGACACGGGGCCGAAAGACGACGGAUCGGGUCAGAGAAGGGGGACGAGUUGAAGGCUGCGAGGCUGGCGAUGAGGGAGUGA